AUGAGGGUAGUUAGUGUGUAUGCCAAGUACACGGAGUUCAGGUGUGCCAAAGAUAUAGUGGCACUGUUUGACAGAAAUGUAAAUAGAAAUUGCCCAUUCAAAGCAAGGCAGGAUCGCCAACUUGUGCAGUAUGAUAUUGACAAUGAUGAGGACAAUUUAGAUGCAGCUGGAGCUAUAAGGGAAAUUAUUCUACCACCGUUAGCUCCUGGGAUGCCUGGAUAUACUAAGUUCAUAAAAGACCUUUUCACGAAGAUACGGAAGGUUAUCCAUGAGACGGAGGAUAAUCUUCAUCAUUGUGGUGCUAUCUCCACAAGGUCUUUAGUGCAAAAAAAGGCAGGCCUGGGAGCAUUUACCAUCCCGUGCACUAUUGGGUCCUUGGAUUUUACAAAAGCUCUAUGUGAUUUGGGAGCCAGUAUAAACCUGAUGCUGCUUGUUGUGUUUAAGAAACUGGGUUUAGGGGAUCCUACUCCUACAAACUUGAGACUAGUUAUGGCGGAUAGGUCUAUAAAGUGGCUGAUUGAUGUUCUACAUGAUGUACUUGUAAAGGUGGCCGAUUUUAUAUUCCUUGCUGACUUUGUAAUCCUUCAUUGCGAAUUAGACUUCAAAGUGCCCAUAAUUUUAGGCAGGCCUUUCUUAGUAACUGGGAGAGUGUUAGUUGACACGGAGCUGAAUAGGCUAAAAUUUAGGCUUAAAGGUAAAGAUGUUAGUUUUAAAGUGCAUCAAUCCAUGAGGCAGAAAAAGGAGAUAAGUGUCUUCUUGAUUGUUGAUGUAUUCUAUGAAGAUGGGAGAGAUACACCAGUAGAACUAGGGAUGAAGCACUUUCUUGAUCCUCCAAAAGAAAUCCUUGCACCUACGGUGCCAGAGAACAUGUCUCCAAAGAGAAUAAACCAUCCAGCUCCUCAGCCUGAAGAUCCUUUAGGUGAACCUAUUUCUCAUGAGGAGUUUAGGGCCACAUUCACCACACUUGCUCAGUUUGUAGAUGCCCAAAAUAAAUGGCCACCAGUUAUUCUGGCCAAUCCAAUUGUCAAAUCAGCCGCAACUAUGAUUCAGACUUCACCUGAAUGA